GCUGCAAAGAUUUAUUCAGGAGUGUUGAGAACAAUAAUUUGGCUUUAGAAUGUUACAGUAAAAAAACAGUUUAAGCUCUUUAAUCAAUAUUAAAUCUCUUGGAUCCCUCAGUAUGGAUGUCGAUAUGAAGUAGUAGGCCAACUAACCUCAAGUCUACACGAUGCAACAAGUUGCAUGGAAUUUGUUACAUGCUGUCAGCACACACUGUGCAUCAACCAGUCGUGUGCUUUCGGACCUUUGCCCCAGAUAAUCUGUAGUACUCGUAAACAGGGUAUCAUGCAUUCAGUGUGCAAUGUGGUGAAAAAGCAAGACCCUUUUUUAAACCACAGUGGAAAAGGAACAAAGCUCUUUGGCUCCACCCUAAAUAACCUAUUCAGUAUUCCUGUUUACAAGUUGCUUAGGAACCGGAUCUAACACGGCAACGCUGCUGGCACACUAGUAGUUUCUACAGUGUAGAAAACCUGGGCUUUUAAGCGAAUGUCCUAUAUUAACAGUGAUACAACUAGUUAAACAUACAACAAUGAGUAACCAUCGCCAAGAUUCAAAAUGGAUCGAUGUUAGCAGAAACGAUGCAUUUCGAGCCUUCUCCCCAACGUCAUUAAGCAACAGAGCUGUAAAUGAGCUUCAAGAUCAGCUUAGUGUUUUGAAGAGACAACUGGAGGAAAGAGAAGAACUAAUAUUGGCUCUUACGACUGGCAGAAAUGCAAGUAGACCUGAUUAUCAGAAGGAAGCCCUUGAUUCUCUCCUGGACAAGCCUGUCACUAGGGAACCCCUGAACCUCUAUUGCCUGGUAGCUGAGGCAGCCCACAGUGAACUGGCCGCCCUGCAAGUCAAAUAUGAAUGUGCUAACACUGCACUUCUGGAAGUUCGAUCCAGGCUGGCCUCCAGAGAGGCUUCAGUCCAUGAACUAAAAGGGGAGGUGGAGAGCUACAAGGAGAACAAUGCCAGACUAGCUUCCCUGAUUAGCUCAUUGAGAGAGCGUGUUCAAGAGAUGGAGCAAGAGACUGGAGCCAUGGCCUCUACCAAGACCCAGGCUGAAAUAACUUUACAUGCUGAGUCCAAGGAAAACAGUGUGCUCAAGGAGAGGGUAGAGGAGCUGGAGGGCAAGCUACGAAAGUACAUCAACGAAUGGGAUGACACAAAGCAGCAAGCUUCCCGCAGUGAGAGGAAAUACAAGGAGUUUGUUGUUCAGCUUGCUAACAGAAUAGAUGUUGAAUGUACAGGGAGAGAUGAUCUCCAGGACUCCAUAGUUUCCCAGCUUGACAAGUUGUAUAAUGAAAACACUCGACAGAGAUGCAGGAUUGCCAGCCUGGAGGAGACUGUCGCCGCUCACGAGGUGGAGUCUAAAGCCAGCAGGGAGACUGUUAUGAGACUGGUCUCUGAGGUGGGCCGGGAACAGAAAGCUGCAGCUUCCUGUACAAAGGAAGUGGAGUCUCUGCGCCAGGAGUUCAGAAAUACGGUACUGGCCAAGCGAAGCCUGGAGCAGGAAAACCGAGCCCUCCAGGAGAGGCUGGAGGCCAGCAGGCGUGCUUGGGAGGCCUCGAAACAUGAGCUGGACAGCCUGGAGAAGUGGUCCAAAGAGCUAGACGGGAGUCUGCGCAGCAGCCUGUGUGAGGCCAAGUCUAGCCAGAGUCUGCUGCAGACCUUCAGGGAGGAACUGGCCGUCUUGCUGAGUGGGCGCAGCGGGAUAGUGCACCCCACAGAGGAGGCCAUCAAAGAGAGGAUCCAGGAGAUCUGCAGCAGCAGAGAUAACCAGAAAGAGAGCCUGUAUCAGAUGGAGGUGAAGGUGUCUCGACUGACUGACCAGUUGGAGAGGCAGACGGAGCUCCAUGAUGCCGCGCUGCUGAGAGCCAGACAGACCAAGCAGCAGCUGGGCGAGAUCCGUGAGAGGCUCAGUGGCGUGGAGGGAGAGCUGAUCUCCGGGGAUGUGCUCCGGGAUGGCAUGAGCCAUGAAAAACAAAAUUAUCUGCGAUUUCUGGACGGUCUCUCUGAGAAGAUGAAGCUGGACAGAGUGGUGGGUCAUCUCGGCUUUGACAUGAGGCUGGAUGCCAUACGGUCCCGGGCUGAACAACUGGUCAAGCUGGAGGGUAAUGCCGUUGUUGAAAGCAAGACUCUGGCACACAGCUUGAACAGAAAGCUAAAGACUCAAAAGGAGCAGCUGGAGAGCAAGGAGCUACACAUGGAGCUGCUGAGGAAGAAGAUCGCCCAGCUGGAGGAAGAGAAGCGGAGCCGCACAGCGCUGGCGGUGGAGCGCGACGAGGCCAACCUCACCGUCAGGAAGCUGCAGAAGAAGGUGGAGAGGCUGCAGAAGGAGCUGGGCGCCACCCGACUCUUCAGCACAGACCUCAAAUCCAAACUCUGUGAUACCAACGAGCUCAAGAUUAAAACCUUGGAACAGUAUAAGACCAUUGAGGAGAUGAAUAAGAGUCUGGACAAGGUAGAGAAGGUGAAGGUGAAGAUGGAGAAGAGGCUGACCUCAGUGAAGUCAGCGCUGGACUUCACUGAACACGAGGCCCAAGGGGAGAGGCAGCGAACCCACAGUCUCCUGGAGGCUGUCACCAGCGAACUGGCAACCCUCAAACACACCAUGGGGGAGCUGGCCAAGAGGGAGAGGCAGCUGAUUGACUUCCGUCAAGUGGUGUCUCAGAUGCUGGGUUUGAACUUCAACACCCUGGCCCUCCCCGACUAUGAGAUCAUCAGGCGUCUGGAGAAGCUGAUCCAGGGCCAGCACUCCCAUGCCGUGGCCUGUCUUUGCCUGGAUAACUCCCGGGAGCAAGUCAACCAGGACUUCACAGCCGGAUACAACCAUGCCAGGCGAACUCUACCAGCUCCUUCUGCUGCUGGCAGAUUUCACAGUGCAGCCUCUUGAGGGCGCCAGAGGCUCGUGCUUAGGUUUCAAUUGCUGUCUAAUUCCUUUCACAAAAUAUCCUUUUUAUAGUUAGGCUGUUUAUUUAAGGCAUUUUAUACUGUUUUCUAUUUAACAAUCUGGAUAAUAAGAUGUGAUUGUGUUGUGUUAUGGAUGGCAGACUCAAACCUUAUGUAUAUUUAUUUCAACAGAGUAGGAUGAGAAAUCUGGAAGGUGGUCACUGUAAUGCUUGUACUGUAGUAUAAAAACAUUAUUUUAUAAAAGCAGGGUGAUAUUAAGUGCCCAAAGGUAUUUUGUCAUCCUAGGUUGGCUAUAAUAUAUCACAUAAUUGCCAAAAGUGACUUCUCCUAGUAGUUGAUGGCACUAUGGUUGUGAGCUUACAAAUAUCCAGUCUUGCACUCUGAUCAAAUCAAUAGGUUUCAUAGCAGCCUCAGAGUAACGCAUUCUUGAUCACUGUCGCAGCAGGUAAAAGUUGCUGUAGUUUACCGUUUAAAUCUGCACCUGUCCUCUUCCAGAGCUUCCAAUGCUCCAGCUUGCCUCCAAUACUCAGAUCGUGGCAGCCAUUUCCACCUGACUUCCUCACCAAUCUAGUCAUAUGUCCGCUCAUCCUUUCAAAUACAACAAACGUUAAUACAUGGUGAGAGACGUGGUACAAGACUGGAAAUCUGUCUUGAUUAUGAGUUAAGGAGUUCCACUAUUAGGAGAAUGACUGGAGUUACAAAACCCAAAUCUCUGAAUGUGAGUUCACAUUUUCCAUUCCAAGCAGACAUGAUAGUAGCAUACCGCUGAUUGAUCCUGUAUUAACUAACACAUAGGAUGGUCUCACCACUGUCGUCUCCAGGACCGGCUUUCUCCCCAAUCAUUUCAGAUUGGAGCAGCUACUUCCGCAGCCAGAGCCAACAUCGAUCUCCAUCCUGUCGAGGAGCAUGGGGCGCUGGUCCUCUGCAGCAGUCGAUUCAUACAUCUGUUCAUCCCCUACCGACAUAGCAAUAGCCAUCAAAAAGCUAGCAAUCCCGGAGUGGGGGCUACCUGACUGCUGGGGCAACCAGAGGUUUUCCCCUUCUAGGAAGGGUUUUUUUUCCUCUCAACUGAGCGGCAGGUAAUCACAUAACCAUACCGCACUAACACUAUUUUAAUCUCUCCAGUUUUGUCUUGUAUGUCCCUUCUUUUCCCAUCUUUUCCAGCUGUUUCUUUUAUGUUAUGCACUGGCGCGACUCCAUUGUUUGUCUCACGUUGAGGGUCUCUGCGGGGAGCCAGGGGUACAUCCUUUGGGGGGGUAAGUGCGGAUUCACUCCCACGACCUCAGGUCGCCACGAUACCUCGUCCUCGCUCUAGGGGGGUUCUCACCGAGUGAGUCAAAGGGGACCCCCGGCCACACUAUUCUUUCGCAGCUCAUGCGCUUUUCUACCUCAUAAUGUGAGGUGCUGUCCUUCCUUCGCUAGGGACGUGGCCCGCUUUACGCUCUCAGUGCCCAAUCCCAGACUAAACCAUCUUUUUGUUGCAGAUUCCCUGCAGGAGCCUUUUCCCGGCUUCGGAGGCCUCACCUCACCUCAUACGAGGGCAGCACCAGAUCAGUCAAGGAAUCCUUUUCUAUUCUCCUUUCAGCCCUACAAUCGGGCUAUUCCUAUCGGCCCGAGAGGCGCCUCUGCUGAGCAGAGCAACUUUUAUAUGUUUUCAGAUCCUCAGGAAUGCUACCUUCGACCAAGCUCCAUCCUCGGCAGAAGGAGAGCUCAUCGGUCUCUUUUUAUCCUAAUUUAAGCGGAGCCCUAUCUGGCCCAUCUAAGCCGAGUUACGGGAUCGAGCCUCUAUCCUUGGCCGAGCAUCACUCACUCGGCCCGUCUUGCUAACAGCUCAUUUCUGCUACCUCUGUCGUAUCCUUCAGCCCCAGCGGACGACCCGUGAAUCCUAAACAAAAUUAAUCGCUGUUUUCUAUUUCUACAUGAAACAAUAAAUAAUGAAAUCAGAUCUUAUCACAAGGUGAGGCACCUGCAAUGUUGACACGCCAACUUUUUUUGCAACAGCAGCCUGAGAAACCACAGGAGACUCCAGCUCCUUCAGGAGUUCAAGGUGGUUUACGCAAUUUAUACAAGUCACAGCGUAGUCAUGUACACUGCACUGUGGUACGCAAACCUGUCUUGCUCUGAAAAGCAAUCUCUGUUCAUCAUCUGAAAAUACUGUAUCCCAAUUAAACAAAGUGAUGUCCCAAUUAAACGACGUACAUAGCAUUGGGAAGAACCGUCUCCCAGAGUUGUAGCCCAUUUAAGCAGUAAUCCCGAUUAUCAGUAUCCCGAUUAGGUGGCGCCAACUGUAUGUGUAUAUAUAUUUAGUAUAAGUACUGGGUGAUUUGUUUGAAAAACAAUACAAAUCUAAACAUUUGUCUCUUCAUUUAUGUAAUGCAAUGUUAAUGUUUAAUGUAUGAAAAAAGGACAAUUUACAAAUGUAAUGCAGGACCCUAUCCACAAAACUUCUGAGUAAUUAGGUUUGUGAGUAGGGUCCUACAGUUCCUCCUCAUAUAAGUUGUGACAUUAAUUCAAAUGUAAUAAUGUGCCCAGAAACUAUAUAUUAAAUUAAACGUACAAAUAUGAACUGUACAGCAAGAAAUAUUAUGGAACUCUUAACUGAACAAAUACAGAAAGAAACACCUAUUUCAAAUCUAUUUUCAAUCAAUUUCCUGUUCUUAAUAUUGAAAUUGAUUGUGGUGUUUUUUCCUGAUGCUACAUAAGUAGGUUUCUUACUGCUUUGGUUUCCUUAAAAUACUACAUCCUCCUUCCUUCAUUUCCUGAAGCCCUUUUGGGUGGGAUACAGUGAAAUUAUUUGCUCUCACUACAGAAAUUCAAGGUCAGGGGAAGGUAGGAGUGUAUGAUUGUCGAGACAAGUCUAUUUUGGAAGCCAAUUUUAAAGCAAAUAAAAAAUGCUACUUUGAAUAUUCGUACAGUUUUUUGCAAUGUAUAGAUUCCUUUCUAGUUUUAUUUAUUUUUUUAUUUUUUUACAUCUGUCUUAUGCUGUGGUGUUAAUAAUGAUGCAGCCCAAGGAAUGAUGCUACCAGCGGAACAAAAUUCAGUGACGUUGGGGUAGCUCUGCAGAAACUGAAAUCACAAAGUUGAUGGGAAUUGCAUAUUGCCACUACUUGUGCAACCCUUGCUGUGUCGAUAAAUAGAGAACUGCAGUGCCAUACUGCCAAUCCAACACCUUUCGCAAAAACUCUCCUUCCACAUAGAGUGAAAAAUGUAAAAAAACUUCAAAGGCAGCAUCUGAUCAUGAAUUUGAAUAAUGAGAUCAAAUAUAAAUACACAUUUAUUUACCAGAACAAGUGAAACAAUAUUAUAUUAAUCUUCCAUUUAAUUUGGUCAGCAUCAAGGUAUUUUUUUUAAACUGACAACUGGCUUCAUUUUAUCCAUUCAUUCAUCUAUUCAUUCUUUGUUACUUAAUGCAUAAUUCAUUCCUAUCCAUAUUAACUUAACAAAUGUUUGUUUAUGGGUUCAGAGAACUUUUAGUAAGCAUGAAAACAAAAGGAAAAAAUACAGGUGGUCUAAAGUGGCCACAAAUCAGUCCCACCAGCAUUAUAAGUUGCAUGGAACUUUAAAUGAGGAGCUGGAAGGGGAGGAAGAUGAUGGAGAAGAAGUGAUAGAAAAGGGAGAUUUACUUUUUUCUUUUCUGAGAAGUCAGUGGUGUGCAAGUUUAAUAUUGGCUGAGGUUCCCAGCACAUAUCAAAAAGAAUAGCCUGAAACAGAAAAGCAAAUUAGUUUUUUCAGUUACACAAUUUUUUGGUUUCUGAGCAAACCCUGCUAAUGACAAGUUAAACUUUGACAAUCAAGUCCUGCUGCAAGUUGAAUGGAGGUUUCAGGGUGCCAAGGUUUUUGUAUGAAUAACCUUUGAAUGGAGUGGAUCAUGUCAUGAAACGUUGCAGAGUUAGAAAAUCUCAUCAAAAUGUGUGCUUAUGUUGGUUGCCAGGGCUUGCAUUGACCUCCUCAUUUAUUUGCAGCGUAUUAGUGUUACUAUGACCUGUUCUGGGACUGUCUGUAUAUACAUAAUCAA